UCAUGAGAGGAAAUGAAGCCAACAGAGUUAUUAGUGUCUCACAAGGAGGUCUGUACCACUGCAGAGGAGGGAGAGGAGAUCCAGUUUACUACACAGAGGACAGCAGUGACGUCACAGUUACAGAAACUCUUCCCAGUAAGCCCACUGUGACCCUGCAGCCAUCCUGGACUCAGAUAUACAGCGGUGAGACAGUCACUGUCAGAUGUGAGAUUCAGGGAGGUGAAGGAGCUCAGUGGACGUAUGAAUGGAGAGCAGCCAAGUUAAACACACCUCCAACAUCCAAUGAACACAGAAUCAUCAGAGCUACUGAGUCUGACAGUGGAGGAUACAGCUGCCGGGGCAGAAGGGACUAUUUCUUCUCAGAGUGGAGUGAUAUCAUCACACUGACUGUAUCAUAUAAACCAAAGGCCAAACUGAGAGCUGAUAACACAGCUGUUCCAGUAGGGGGCAGUGUGACCCUGACCUGCUCUGUGAACCCAUCAUCAUCAUCUGGAUGGAAAUACUACUGGUACAGAGAUGAGAAAUCCUCUGAAGCCCUGACCACACAAGAUGCAGUUUUCCACUCAAAUGGACAAAUCAGUGUCUCACAGGAAGGACUCUACAGGUGCAGAGGAGGAAGAGGAAACCCAGUUUACUACACAGAGGACAGCCAGUCAGUCAGGAUUGGGAAAACUGUAACUGUAUCAGGAGCUGACAGCUCUUCAUCUCCUGUGUGGUUGAUUGUUGGACUGGUUUGUGGAGUCUCUCUCAUUAUUAUUCUCCUGCUCUUGUUGUAUCGCUGCAGAAGAACCAACAGUGCUGUUAAUGAGCAGACGUUUAACCAACAUCAUCAUCAGCCAGUGUACUCCUCUCUUCUUGCUGGUUAG